AUGACCAUCUCCGUCGUAACCUACCUCCUCCUCCUCUCACCUCUCUCCACAGCAGCGACCCCUCUUUCAUCAACGACCAACUGGGCUCCCGAACCAAACGGCCGCGGCACCUUUGGCCUAAUCUGCUCCUGCGUCCUCACCCUCACGAUAUGCGUCUGGACGGCCCUCCACCUCAACGUUCCCGCCGCGCGCUCCACCCUCCGGAGCCGAUCAUUAGAACGGACAAAGUGGGUCCUCUACGGCAUCUUCGCACCGGAGCUGGUGGUCGCUACGGCGGCGGCGCAGUAUAUCGUCGCGAGGUGGCUCAAGAGAGAAAUUGAGAAGGAUGUUGCGAGUCGGAAGGGCGGUGUAGAUGGGGCAUCUACCGAUAGGGAGGGGAUGGAGACAUUUUCGAGGCAUACUUGGGACAUGACGCAGUGUUUCUAUGCCGUGAUGGGUGGAUUUGUCGUCAAUGUGCCGUCUGCAGAGGAUGAGACGGCGCUGAGAAGAGUUACGGUCACGCCGGAGGGUAUCAGGCUACUGUCAUUCAUCGGCAAGCUGCCGCAUAUUCACGAAUCGCAGAUCCAGGAUAAGAGCAAGGCGGAUUGGAUGGCCAAGUCACUUGUCUGUAUACAGGCUGGGUGGAUGGUCGCCCAAGUCAUCGGCCGUCUCAUCAAGAGACUACCAGUCUCGUUGCUCGAGAUCAACACCUGCGGACACGUUGCUUGCGCUGCGCUACUGUAUCUGCUCUGGUGGAGCAAGCCACUGGAUGUGCUCGAUCCCACCAUCCUGGACGAGGGGAACGAAGAUGCGAUGGCAUUGAUGAUGUUUUGCUCGUCAUCAAUGAGCGCCGUCAACGGUGUCACUGAGAUCCGGUGCUUCAUGUACAUACCGCCUGAAGACAUGGGCACGGAAGGGGUGCGAAAGGAGAAUAAGGACAAGAUCCUCAUCACGACUCAUCUAUCCAUCGGCUCACCUGGUACCAGGGAGCCCUCUAGAUUUCUCGGCUUCGACGUAAGUGACCUUCGUCCCUACUCGUCGCCAGUGGACGUCGACAUUCAGCGAAAAAGAGCGAAACCGACGGUGUCCCCGGAAUGCCAACAGACAUACUUCGUCUCACCCUACACCGAGCUCAGUCUUCGGCACGGUACGAUCUAUUGUCGAAGGCUCUUUGCCGAUGUUCAACGACAUGAGAAACCUCACAUGCCUGUCAACCCAGGACGAUUGGCGCAAGCUGCAACGGCCGCGGAUUCUCUCUGGGUAAAAUGUAUUUCCCGCCCGACGUAUGCUCAAUUCUACUUCACUUCCGUGCCAACCGUUGGCGUAUUCCUCGGCGAGACGGAUUACCUCGUCCCACACAUUGUCAACUUCCCGUCCAUGUCGAACCUCGGGUUAGGUCAAGUCAACAUCCACCGCGACGUCCUACGGUCUGUUUUCGCCCUGACGGCAGCAGCGUACGGCGGCCUCCACCUUGCGGGCUGGCUCGACCACUUUCCCGCGGCGAUUGAGCGGACUCUCUGGCUGGCUGCAUCGCUGGUGAUCACAUCCUCGGGCGUGGCGCUGUGGGUCUUCUUCCUUGCUCGACAGAUUUGGCCACGGUUUGACGUUUUCAUCUCUGGUGCGGCGCCGGGGGCGCAACUGGCGGGGAAGACGUACCAAAAACCGUGGAUGAAGAGAGCAAACUCAUUUGUUCUUUGUUUUGUGCUGCUGGUGUUUGUUGUGGCGAGGGUGUUUCUGGUUAUUGAGGCGUUUAUUAACCUCCGCGAGGCUCCUGCGUCAUUCUGCACGCUGUGA